AUGUCAGGUCUUGUUUGUCGAUCACAUUCAUGUCCGGUCUUAGCCUCGUCCGUGUUCCUCUCUGCCCAAGAUUUCACGAUUUCUCUUUUUUCAUUUUCCCAUUUUCCUUCUCUUUUUCCCUCCAAUGCUCUUUCUUCUCUCUCCCUCCCUAUUCCUCUUCCCUUUGUUUUCCCUAUUCCUCUUCCCUUUGUUUUCCCUAUUCCUCUUCCCUUUGUUUUCCCUAUUCCUCUUCCCUUUGUUUUCCCUAUUCCUCUUCCCUUUGUUUUCCCUAUUGCUCUUCCCUUUCUUUUCCCUAUUGCUCUUCCCUUUCUUUUCCUCAUUGUUCUUCCCACUUUUUCCUAUUUCUUUUCUUUCUUUAUUCCUAUUUCUUUUCCUAAUUUUUUUCCGAUUUCUUUUCCUUCUUUUUUUUUCGAUUUCUUUUCCUUCUUUUUUUUUCGAUUUCUUUUCCUUCUUUUUUUUUCGAUUUCUUUUCCUUCUUUUUUUUCCGAUUUCUUUUCCUUCUUUUUUUUUUCGAUUUCUUUUCCUUCUUUUUCCGAUUUCUUUUCCUUCUUUUUUUUCCGAUUUCUUUUCCUUCUUUUUUUCCGAUUUCUUUUCCUUCAUUUUUUGGAUUUCUUUUCCUCCUUCUUUUUUUCCGAUUUCUUUUCCUUUUUUUUUUUUUUCCGAUUUCUUUUUUUCUUCUUUUUCCGAUUUUUCUUUUCCUUUUUUUUUUUCCGAUUUCUUUUCCUUCUUUUUUUUCCGAUUUCUUUUCCUUCUUUUUUUUUCCGAUUUCUUUUCCUUCUUUUUUUUCGAUUUCUUUUCCUUCUUUUUUUCCGAUUUCUUUUCCUUCUUUUUUUUUCCGAUUUCUUUUCCUUCUUUUUUUUUCCGAUUUCUUUUCCGUCUUUUUUUUCCGAUUUCUUUUCCGUCUUUUGUUCCGAUUUCUUUUCCGUCUUUUGUUCCGAUUUCUUUUCCGUCUUUUGUUCCGAUUUCUUUUUUCCUUCUUUUGUUCCGAUUUCUUUUUUCCUUCUUUUGUUCCGAUUUCUUUUUUCCUUCUUUUGUUCCGAUUUCUUUUCCGUCUUUUGUUCCGAUUUCUUUUUUCCUUCUUUUGUUCUUUUUUCCAAUUUCUUUUCUCUUUUUUUUGCGAUUUCUUUUCUCUCUUUUUUUCCGAUUUCUUUUCCUUCUUUUUUUCUUUUUUCCGAUUUCUUUUUUUCUUUUUCUUUCUUUUCCUUUUUUUCCGAUGACUUUUGCUUCUUUUUUUUCCGAUUUCUUUGUUUCACUUUCCCACUUCUUUUCUUUUCCAUGUGUUCUUCUCUUUUUUGUAUUUUUCCAUUUCCUUUCGUUCUUUUUCCACAUAUAUAUUGCUUCACUUUUAUCCCAUUUCUUUUGUUUGCUUUUUCUCCAUUGCUGUUGUUUCGCUUUUUCUCCCUUUCUUUUUGCCUCUUUUCACUUUUCUUAUUGUCUUUCCUUUCAAUCCGUCUUCAUCCCUUCACUUAA